AGAGUGCAAUCCAUCAAGCUGAAGAAUGGAUGCAGUGGAGUGGGUCGAGUCCUUCGCCAGAGGUAUUAUGUGCUUACUGGGUAUAGUGGGUAACAACUGGUUAGCCUUUAGCUCAUUACCAGGAUCCAAGUCUCAGCUGAAGACUAACGAUGCCCUCUUUAUCAAUCUGGCUGUGUCCAACCUCAUCACCAACUACAUGGUAGAUCUGCCUGACACCAUGGCUGACUUUGCUGGCCGCUGGUUCAUGGGUCUGACCUAUUGCCGAAUCUUCCGGUUCUGUGCUGACCUGUCAGAGACCAGCAGCAUCUUCUCCACCCUCUUCAUCAGUGUGUUCUGGUACCAGAAACUGGUGGGCUCCCUGAAGCGUGGAGGGGCUCCAAUCCGCUUGGACAACCUGCGUCUGGUUGCUGCUCUGUUGGGAGGAAGCUGGAUGGUGGCCAUCGUCUUCAGCAUACCCCAUAUAAUCUUUGUAGGCCUGGAGGAAGGAGAUGAGGCAGACUGCAUAGACAACUUUCCUUCUCCCACUGCCCACCAAAUCUAUGAGAUCCUGUAUCUAAGUUUGGCAAAUGCUCUUCCUAUUGCUGGCAUUGUCUUUGCCAGCAUCCAGAUCGUGGUCACUCUCUUGCAGAAUCAGCAGCGCAUCACAGGAAUAGGAGCUGGAGCAGUUGAGCCAUCACCGGACAAGCCACAACAAGAAGCACCACAUCCGACUGUCCCGGGCCAAGAACCACAGGGCUCCAACUCUCAGGCAGCUCAAGGUUCACUCACCGUUUACAAUGGAGUUCAACCGGGUGCUGUCCAACAGCAACCUCAGGUAACACCCAAAGCACAGGUGAAAAGCAGCCCCGGUCCCAGUGGCCAGGUGCGGGCAGCCAAGAGUGUGGUGGCUGUGGCCUCUGUGUUCCUGGUGUGUUGGCUCACACACCUGCUCCUCCGCAUCACCAGCAGUGUUAAGACAUCGGAGGUGGUGGUGGAGGUGGCCAGUUACAUUGCAGCGUCCUACACCUGCAUCAUCCCCUACAUCUUCCUGUACGGGGUGAAGAAACUCAACUGUACCUGCAGACGGUGAGCUGGACAUGGCCAUAAGCUGAGGAUCAGUGCUCCAGUGCGUGUAGGACUGUGUUCACACAGCACUGAGCAAAACUCAUGGUUGUAUGUAAUAUACUGUCAUGUAGAGUGAUGUAUAUCUUCCGAGAUAUUUUUUGGGCCAUUUCCAUGUGCCUGAGAAACAGCUGUUAAAUAUAACUGAUUUUAACGUCAAUUUUAUUUUAUAGGGAAAAAAUGUGCAUAAAUUGCAGUAUGCUCCAGAAUGUGGUUACCAUCACACCUGUAUGGGGAGAAGCUCAUUUCUGCAAAGAGUGUGCUGCAAGAUGGAUCAGAAUUUCUUAGAUUUACUGUGCUUGAGAAUCAAAAUAAUAAUAAAAAAGUUAAUAUGAGGUUUGAGAUCAAGAAUUGUAUGUGCUAAACACUGGUGUCAUCAUAGAUGUAUUUGGCAGGGGCUCAUUUCUAAAUUGCUUCUUUGUAAACAGGUUCACUAAGUGUUCCCCUGUUCACUGCUCAAUUAUGAACAAAUGGAUUCAGGGAAGCCUUACCUCUGGGCACGAUGACAAUUAAGAGAAAUUGCGUCAACAAAAUCAAGUGGGACACAAGUAAUUUUCCCAUUACAACUCUACUAGAUCUGACAGGUCCAAGAGGACAAAGCAAGGGCAUUAAAACGAAAUACUGGUCACCCCAGACACUGCUUAAACAAAUAUAUU